CCGUAAGGGGCGCUUACAUCGAGGUUUGGUAUUAAAUCCUAACCUCAUAUUAUUGAGAUAUAUAUUUCAAUACAUUUUUGCGUAUUUUCAGCCAUAGUUUCAUAGUGUUUAAAAUUUGUGAAAUUUGUGAGUUAUUUUAAUAUUUCGUUUGAACAUUUUUGGAUAAUGGAUAUUUCAACGUUGAAGAAAAAGUUAUCAUCACUUGGUGCCAAAACAACAGGUACUAGAAAACAACUUGAAAGACGUUUAUGGUUAUGGCAAGAAAAGAACUUGGGUGCUUCUUUAUUAAAUUUAAAGAAGCCUGAACUUAAAACGCCAAUACCCUGUCCAAGUCAUGCUGUUUUUAAACCCCUUGCAACAAAUUCAUUUAAAGGGCUAAAAAUAAUUAAUAAAGCCAGCAUAGACUUUUUUUUUCAACAGCAAAUGGCUAAAAAGGGCAAAGAAAAGGGUCGAAUAUUGGCAAUGCAGUUAUUUAUUAAGUAUACCCAAAUUGCUGAGGACAAAGAUUUGUUGUUCAUUUUAAGCAAGUGCUGUGCGGAGCAAAAAAAAACAGCAGAUUAUAACUUGGAGAUGGUUAUUAGAAAAAACAAAUUGGAAAUUUGCCAGUCAUCUUGCAGCUGCCCUGCUGGCACUGGAUAUUCUGCGGCUUGCAAACAUAUCGGAGCCUUGUGUUUCUCUUUGGAACAUUUUUCUAUAACAGGAAAAGUACAAGAACUGGUGUCGUGUACAUCAGAAAGUAAGACAUGGAAUAAGCCUCCUGGAAGGGGAAUUACCCACAUGUCAAUAUUCCAAAUAAACAAUGUAGAAAAGACAAAUGUUUCCCAAUCACAGGCAUAUACGGACCACAUAAUUAAUUCUUUAAUUAACAGAAAUAUAUUUUGCAAUUUAACAAAUAGUAGAGAGGUUGUCAACUUGGCCCAUGAUAUUGAUCAUUCGUACACACAUAUGCAUGAUUCAGUUGGUUAUGUUAAUGGCAUUAAAAAAACUGAAGAUAAAAUGCAAAUCCAUGAAUUUGAUCUACAAUCAAAACCUGGACCAAGUAAAGAGAGUGUAAGUACUGAUUUAACUGCUUUUGCUUGUCGUGAAGAGAGUCUCAACAAUUUGGACUUAAAGCAUAGACUGGAAGACUUGAUGGAUGUAAUUCUUACGCACUCCAAUGAAAGUGUCACUUUGAAGUGUCUUCCCGACUGGAGUAUUGAGAAAAAAUGUUGCCAAAUAAUAUAUAACAAAAUGAGUAAUGUGGAUAUAAAAAGUGUGGCGAUUGAAUCUAUGGGUAACAGAAAAUUGUGGAAUAAAGAAAGACAGUUUAGAAUAAGUGGUUCUCGGUGCUAUUCUUUAUAUACUUAUUCUAAAGAAAAUUGGAACGAUAAGAUCCAGAAAUAUUUUUGGCCAAAAGGAUUUUCAAACAAAGCUAUGCAAUAUGGAAUCUCAACUGAGGAGGAGGCAAGAUUAUGCUAUAUAAAGAGUACUGGAUACACAGUGGAAGAAACUGGUUUCAUUAUUGCCAAGAAACAUCAGUGGUUGGGAUAUUCUCCAGACGGAAUAAUAAUGAAGGAUGGUAGACCUCAUAAACUACUUGAAAUAAAAUGUCCUGUUAUUGGUCAAACCAAAAAUUCAGCAGCGUUAAUUGUUGAUUGUGAUUACCUUCAGAUUGAAAAUCAUAAAGUUAUUUUAAAACGGAAACACCCAUAUUAUGGACAAAUCCAGUUGGGAAUGGCUAUUCUUAAUUUGGCAGAAUGUGAUUUCGUUGUCUAUUCAAAAUUUUCAAAUUCUUUUGCCAAUAUUGUUACACCAUUUGAUAAAAUAUUUGCAAAUUCCUUGUUAGAAAAAUUGCAGAGAAUUUAUUUUUCAAAAAUGAUUCAUCAAAUUUGCAUUGCAGAGAAAGAGCAAAUGGAAUAGGAUAAAUUCUAGGUUAUGGAUAGAUAAAAGAACAAUGCUGGGCAUUUACCUAUAUUAAACAGUUGUGUUCUAAGAAGAAAAUAAAGUGUUUUUGGCAUUCAACACAUUAAAAGUUGCUAAUUAAUGAACUAUUCUGAUACAUUUUUAAAGAAAUGUUCAUUUAUCAUCAGCUUGUAAAAAGUUCCAUAGAUCAGAAAAAAAGUUCUAAAAUGUCCCAGUACAUAUCUAAGGACUUAUUUUGUGAUCUAUUGGACUUUUUGAAGUCAGUGGGUAUAAUAAGGCUACUGGCAAAACUUUCCACUAUAAUAAAAAAGUUAACGCGCCAUUUAUCCUACAGCAUUUCUCUAAAGAAUACUGUGGUGUGGAAAUGGAUAAACUUGUAUCUAUCUAUUUUAAUAAAAAUUUUAAGAAGUC